UUCAAUCGCAACUUUCUGCUGCUGCUGCUGGCUGCUGCUAAAGUGUUUUGGAAACAAGUAGAUUCUUUUGUCUGCAAUUAAAAAUAAUUGUGAAGGCAGGGACGUUGCAAGAUCUUAACAAUUAAUCUAUAAUCCUUAUAGGCUAUGGCUUUGGUUAACGAAGCACGUAUCGCACUGAACCGUGUAGCAGUAAUUGCUGGGCGUCAAAAGUUGCGUUCAAUCUCUUCUGGUAAGCACUUGGGCCAACAGACACAACCACAGGAGGUCAAGGCACCCCUCGUCAAGACCUUUCAAAUCUACCGUUGGAACCCAGAUAAUGCUGGAGAAAAACCAUAUAUGCAGACUUAUGAAGUCAAUCUGCGUGAAUGCGGUCCAAUGGUUUUAGAUGCAUUAAUAAAAAUUAAGAAUGAAAUGGAUCCCACGUUGACAUUCCGUCGUUCGUGUCGUGAGGGAAUUUGCGGUUCAUGCGCUAUGAAUAUCGCCGGUACAAAUACUUUGGCUUGUAUUAGCAAAAUUGACACUAAUCUUUCAAAGCCGCUUAAAGUAUAUCCUCUACCUCAUAUGUAUGUGGUCCGGGACUUAGUACCAGACUUGAACAACUUUUAUGAGCAGUACCGUUCAAUUCAACCAUGGUUACAACGCAAAAACGAGGUCGGCGAAUCAAAGGGAAAAGCACAAUACUUGCAAUCUGUGGAAGAUCGCUCAAAACUUGAUGGUCUAUAUGAAUGCAUUCUCUGUGCUUGCUGCUCAACUUCGUGCCCAUCUUAUUGGUGGAAUGGAGACAAGUAUUUAGGUCCAGCUGUUUUGAUGCAAGCGUACCGUUGGAUCAUUGACUCACGAGAUGAGAAUACAGCGGAGCGCUUAAGCAAGCUAAAGGAUCCCUUCAGUGUGUACAGGUGUCAUACAAUCAUGAACUGUACACGUACAUGCCCCAAAAACUUGAACCCUGGUCGUGCGAUUGCCGAAAUCAAGAAAUUACUUUCGGGCAUGGCAAGUAAGCCCGCACCGAAACUUGACACAGCCGCUUUGCAUAAAUAGAUUUGUGCAUAAUUGCAAACUUGAAAAAUGUAGUCCACAGUCAAACUUUGUUCUUCACUCGCCUAACCAAGUCACUUUAGAGACUGGUUUAUCCGCUUUGUACGAAUUUGUUUUCUUUAUUUAGAAUCCACAAACAAUUUUUAUUGUACUUAAAACUUGUGCUAACGUAUCUUGUGAAAUAAUACAACCAAACUUCUUUUCUUUACACACAUUUAAAAGUAAUCUACUAAAGGAAAAUAAAUUUAUGCGUUUAAAAGGUGCAUAAAUCAGAACUGUUUUGACGUUUAUAAAUCUUUUAGGGAAAAAGAUAAUUAUAAAAAUUGUUAAUGAUGCUUGAAGUAAAUUCAGCACUAUUAUUUAAAAAUAAAAACGAUUGUACAUACAUUAAACGUUUCUGAAAUUCGUCUUUGCAGCAUAUUUAUUUGUCUAAUAAAUUUAUUAUAAUGAAUUGAA